AACCCCUACGCAAAACUGAAUCUUCUAAUCCAGACUAUUAGACACGUUUAUUAAUAGCUGUAGCACACAUCGGUGCCUCUGUGAUUCAGUUUGUGGUUACCGUUAAGCUACUGUGGUUCAACUAUGGCUUUAGCUGUUACGCGUGUGAUUUUAAGAUGUGAAGAUGCCCAAGAAACACAAGUUUUAGAUCUAUCAGAGUGUCAGCUGAUGCAAGUUCCAGAUGCAGUAUAUCACCUAAUGAGACACACAGAAUUGAAAAGUUGUGAUCUCAGUGGGAAUGUCAUCACUAAAAUACCUCCCAAAUUUGCAGUCAAGUUUAGUCUGAUUACAGAUCUCAACCUAUCAAACAACCAAAUGGCCAGGCUGCCCGAUGAGCUAUGUACACUUGCUUGUCUACAGCGAUUGGACAUCUCACAUAAUACAUUCGUAGCUUUACCUCACAUAACGUUCCAGUGUCCAAGUCUGCACACAUUGCUCGCACAUCACAAUCAAAUUAUUGAAGUUGAUGUGGACAGAUUAGCAAGAUCUCAAGCCCUCGAAUAUGUAGAUCUUAGUGACAAUCCCAUACCUGCACGGACACAUGAUGACCUGAAACAACUGUCCCGGCCAUCAGUAACUUUAUCUGAUAGACAGAAAGAAGACUGGGAAGAAGAUCUCAUACUCUAAGCAAAAUUGGGCUUGCAUUUUUGGCUGAUAAAUAAUUCUACGAGUCAAAAUGUUGUGCAAUAAUUUAAGUGGUCCUAAAUAAGCUGUGAUCUAUCCAUUAGAGAUGAGAAGAUAGGUAAUUAAACUGUAUGUUUUAACAGAAGGUGAUAUUAUUGAGCUAUAUAGGUCAAUAAGUUCAUUCUUGACACUUCCAUGGCCAUGGAAAUAUAUCAUAAUUACUGAAAUGAAAUGUCACCUUCAAAAGAUCAUGGUAGUGUCACUAACGAAUUUAUUUAUAGCAAUUAAUCGCUCAAAUGAUUUUAACUAAUAUAGAAAUUGUUUUGAAUCACUAAAUUCGAAAAAUUGAUAAUUACAAUUUUGACACAUUUUGUAUAUUUUUGAUACCUAUUGUUUGGAUGGUUAUUAAAUUGAAAUAAAUAUAUCUCUAUGUAUGAAAUACUAGUCCAUCAUUUAGAGAUUAGUUUCCAAUGUAUUUGGAAUAAAUAGAUAUUAAGAGAUUACAUAAAUAUUGAUAAUUAUGGUGCUAUGCUAUCUUGAAGUACGUUGUGUUGCGCGUGUUUGUUAACAUUUGUACAAUAGUUUUAUUGAAAUACUUUUUCUAUUAAACUUUGAACUAUGUGAUUAAAAAUGAAUUAUGACCAGUGAUGUUUCCCAAAGAAAUCGGAAUAUUGUUAUACCUAUCCAAAAGGGUGGGUAUGUUUUCUUAUUUUUUUUUAUAAUAUCAUGGAUUGGUAAUUAAAAUAAGCAUUUUCAUUAAUGCUUCAA